CAGUUGUUUAUUUCAAUUCUAUUUCAAGAAUAAAAUGAAAAUGUUCAUCGAAAUAAAGACAUUUUUUUUACUAAUUGUUUUGAUGAAUACAAAAGUAUUACUGUUGCGUGCAGAAAAUAGUGCUUAUAUAACCUACUGUCAAUGGUAUCAACGGUAUGAUUUCGAUAUUGGUGUCAUAUUCAAUUGUAAUGAAACAACGAAUGACAUCGAUGCAAACCGGAGAGAUGAAAAUCGAAAAAGUUAUUAUUUUAACGAUUUGGAUGGUGUUGAGUGUUUUAACAAAGAUCAUACUAUUCAACGGUAUCAGCAUAAGCUUAUGAUCGAUGCAAUUCGUUUCAAUGGCUGUAAAUUGCAUCACAUUCCACAUAAUAUCUUCAAAUUUUAUCCUUAUCUUCGACUUUUGGAUAUAUCGAGUCUUGGAUUGGGUUCGCUGCAACCCGAACAUUUGAUUGGAUCAAAACGUCCGUGGGAGUUAUUUGCUGCAAAAAACCACAUCAAAGAAAUGCCCGCGUUUCUAUUUGCCAAUGCUGGAAGCAUAAUUCGAUUCGAUUUAUCACACAAUGACAUCAAACGGAUUGAUCCACAAAGUUUCAUUGGUGCAAAUGAAUUGGAAAUUCUGGAUCUAUCGGAAAAUCAAAUCGAAAUGGUGAAUGAACGUGCAUUCAUUGGGCUAGCGAAUUUGACGCACAUGAAUUUGGCUCAGAAUAAUAUAAGCGAAAUCCACUCAUUUGCAUUUGUCGGUUUAGAAAGGCUUCAUCAUUUGGAUCUAUCUCAAAAUUUCAUUUCAAUUUUGGAAGACAAAACAUUUGCAAAUUUGUCUCGAUUGAGUUGGCUUCAGUUGUCAUACAAUCAAAUCUAUCAAAUUAAACCGUAUGCAUUUGCCACAGCGCAUAGUCUAUCGAGAUUGGAUCUAUCGCACAAUAACAUAUCGGACGAACAAAUUUUUGAUAAUCUUUAUAAUCUUUUACAUUUGGACUUAUCACAUAAUCCCAUCAACGAACUGGGAAUUGGAACAUUUGCCAAGCUUAUCAAGCUAGAGCAUUUGGAUUUGGGACACGCAAAUUUAACCGAUAUUGAAUUGGGCACCUUUUCAUAUUCAAGGGGUUUAAUUUCACUCGAUUUGUCAGAGAAUAGUUUAAAGAGUUUGGAUUUUGGUCUAUUCCUUCCAGCAUUUAGGUACAUGGAAUCACUUUACCUCGAUGGAAAUCAAUUGUCCGAUAUGGAAGGAUUCACAAACUCCCUAUUUCCACGGCUUAAUGCGCUUGGUAUUACCAACAACAAUUUCAAUUGUACGUACUUGAAGCACUUUAUGCGGAGUAUCGAUUGGGAGAAUAUUCGACUUCCCGUGGAUAGAAUGCCAUUGAACAUCCACAAAACAAACAUUCGUGGAGUCGCUUGUGAUUCAACAGAUAAAUAUGAACAGCAAAAAAUAGUUUCAAAAUUUGACAUUGAACCGAAUGAUCAGAUUAAUAAUGCAAUAGAAACAUUGAUAAGACAUCUUCCAGUUAAUGAAGCAAACAAUGAUUCUAAUAUGAAAAUAAUUAAACUGCCACGAGAAAAUGGAUCAAAUUUAAUCAUGUUCAUGUGGUAAAUUUAUC